GAAGAAAAGUGAGUAAAAAAAUGCUUGGUGGGUUGUACGGAGAUCUUCCGCCGCCGUCCGAUGAGGAUAACCAGCCGAGCAGUAACACUACGGUUUGGUCAAGCAGCACGAAGAUGGCUCCUCCGACUCUCCGCAAGCCUUUCUCCGGCUUUGCUCCGCCGCAGACCAUCCUCAGAUCUCAAAACAAACCAAAAAAUCCCGUUCCCAAAACCACCCCUUAUUCCGUUCCCUCCUCCAUCUCACCCUCUCCCGCGGCGAUGUCAACCGAUUGUAUGGCGCAACAACAGCCUGCACUUGUGGGCGUCACUUCCAGUGUAAUAGAAGAGUAUGAUCCGGCCAGGCCCAAUGACUACGAGGAAUACCGGAGGGAGAGGAAGAGGAAGGCUAUGGAGGAGGAGAUGAGAAGGGAAUUGGAGAGAAGGCGGAGAGAAGAGGAGGAAAGGGAGAGGGAAAGAGAAGAGAGGGAAAGAGAAAGAGAAAGAGAAAGAGAGAGAGAUUUAAAUGAUUCAAGGCUGAAUAUUUCAGGCGAGGAAGCUUGGAGAAGGCGUGCGGCUAUGAGCGGCGGGGUUCCAAGGUCCCCAUCUCCGCCGCCGGGAAAAGCUGAGGGUUUCACUAUUGGAAAGUCGGAGACAAGUGGACUGGGAGUUGGGGCUGGCGGGCAGAUGACUGCCGCCCAAAGAAUGAUGGCCAAAAUGGGCUGGAAAGAAGGCCAGGGUCUUGGGAAAAAGGAGCAAGGGAUUACUACGCCAUUGAUGGCCAAGAAGACUGAUAGGAGAGCUGGUGUAAUUGUGAAUGCCAGUGAGACUUCCAAGCCUGACAAGAAGGUUAAGAGUGUUAGUUUCAAUGGCCCCCCUACUCGUGUUUUGCUGCUUAGGAACAUGGUUGGCCCCGGUGAGGUAGAUGAUGAAUUAGAAGAUGAGGUUGGAUCCGAGUGUGCCAAGUAUGGAACGGUUACCCGAGUUCUGAUAUUUGAGAUAACAGAGCCAAAUUUCCCAGUCGAUGAAGCCGUCAGAAUCUUUAUUCAGUUUGAGAGAUCAGAGGAAACAACUAAAGCAUUAAUUGACCUCGAUGGUCGUUUUUUUGGGGGUAGGGUUGUUAAAGCUUGCUUUUAUGACGAAGAGAGAUUUAGUAAGAAUGAGCUGGCUCCGAUGCCGGGGGAAAUUCCAGGUUUCUCUUGAUGCAGUAUUAAAGUCCCAGAGAAGGUCAAUGGACUGUUACGUUUCCAAGUAAUGCUAAUAGCAGAGAAUGAGGUCUCGAACUGGAGUCUGUUUAUAUCAUGACAUGGAUGCUAGUAGCAUCCGAACUUUGAAUUAGGUCGAGUUUCAUGUAGACGUCUCAUAUUGAAUGCUUGUAGUGCUAAACCCCCAGCACUUUGCAUGGGGUAGUCGUAAGUUUAAGUUUAGGCGUCAUUCUGUAUUUCAUUAGGGCUGUGGAUUACUUUUUCAAGUUAUUGAUAUAUUGUUAAACUGUUAUUAUAUC